GACUUUGUGCACCUUAUACCAAGUACCUGUGGGACACAGUAACUUCUAUGUUGUAUAUAUUUUCCGUUUCCCUACUUCCACUUCACAACACAUUCCAGUGGUCUCCUCUCCUCCUCUGCUAUAAUAUUGCUUCCGCGUUCCUUCGCCAGAAAGGUCCGUAAUGGCAUUGGUGCACAUUUUCGUGUUGGCGUUUCUGUGGCUUUGGCCUCAAGCUUAUGGACUAUACCGUGGAGGUUGGCACUCAGCUCAUGCUACGUUUUAUGGAGGCAGUGAUGCUUCUGGCACAAUGGGGGGAGCAUGUGGGUAUGGCAAUUUGUACAGCCAAGGGUAUGGAACGAACACCGCUGCUCUGAGCACCGCACUGUUCAACAACGGUCUCACCUGCGGAGCGUGCUACGAAAUGAAGUGCAAUGACGACCCUCAGUGGUGUCUGCCCGGAACGGUCAGGGUCACAGCCACCAACUUCUGCCCGCCAAACAAUGCCCUGCCCAACGACAAUGGAGGGUGGUGCAACCCUCCUCUGCAGCACUUCGACAUGGCGCAGCCUGCGUAUGAGAAGAUUGCCAAGUACAGAAGCGGCAUUGUCCCAAUUCUGUUCAGAAGAGUGCCCUGCCUGAAGAAAGGAGGAACUCGUUUCACCAUUAAUGGGCACUCAUACUUCAAUCUGGUGCUCAUUUCCAAUGUGGGGGGAGCAGGAGACGUUCACGCUGUGGCCAUCAAGGGGUCGAGGAGCGGGUGGCAGGCCAUGUCGCGCAACUGGGGUCAAAACUGGCAGAGCAACUCGUAUUUGAACGGGCAGGCACUGUCAUUCAAGGUCACCACCAGCGAUGGCAGAACAACAAUUUCGUAUAACGUCGCCCCUUCCAACUGGCAGUUCGGCCAGACCUUCCAAGGCACCCAAUUCUAAAUAUAUGGAAGAUGGAUAGUAUUUAUAUAUGGGACUACAUUAAAAAUAUAUUUUUAUGUCUGUAAGAAAACUGAAGAGAAACCAUAGUUUAUAAUGGGUUUGUUUCAGUGAGAGAAGAAUCUGACAUAAAGAUUUUAUGGAAUGCCGACUAUAAAUAUAUUUAGUAAAUGUGGCUUGAUUGUUGGGGUGGCUUCUACGUUGGUACCCGCUCCAAACUAUGAGGAGUUAUUCCAUGUAAAAUGUUUGCUGCUAUUACUAUUUGCCAGCCUCUCUUGAGGAAUAUAAGGAGUUAGUAUUUGUUAGCGUUCUUCA